AUGCAAAGAAUUAACAACAUUUAUUGCUUCCAGCACGAGCUCGGAUCGGGCGGGUACUCGAAGGUACAGAUGUGCGUGCACAAGAAAACCGGCCAGCAGUAUGCGGUAAAAAUUAUUGAAAAAAAGCCGAAAGAUAGAAACAAGUACUGGCUGGACAACGAGAUCAAGGUGAUGAAACGCUUGAGCACCCUUCACAGCGAUGGAAGCGGAGGGCAUACGAGUGGAUAUUUACAUGGAAAAACACCCCAAAUGCGACACCCUAACAUCGUGCAGCUUCGGGAGACGUUCGAAGACGAAUCGAAGGUCUACCUGGUCAUGGAGCAGUUGACGGGCGGUUGCCUGUUCGAUCGAAUGGAAUCGAUGGGAUUGUUCUCAGAGCGGGACGCUUCGAACCUGAUUCGGCAAGUGCUACAAGCGGUUGACUACUUGCAUGAGCAAGGCAUCGUGCACCGGGACCUGAAGCCGGAGAACCUGAUGUUCGCCAAUAAAACGCGGGACAGCAAGAUUGUGCUCAUCGACUUUGGACUCGCGAUGAUAGAGGGUUCCAGCCCCAGGGCGGGAGUUUUCGGUACGCCUGGUUACAUGGCGCCGGAAAUGCUGGCCAAGAAACCCUACGGUAAGGCGGUGGAUCUGUGGAGUAUAGGAGUUAUCACGUACUGCCUACUGUGCGGGUAUCUACCUAUAGACGACGACGACGAAGACAUUUUGUACGCUAAGAACGAGAUUGGUGCGUUCCAGUUCGACUCACCAUCAUGGGACAAGUUCAGUGACUCGGCAAAGGAUUUCAUUGCCAAACUGAUGUGCCUAGAUGUGGAGAAACGGCUCACCUGUAAACAGGCCCUGGCGCAUCCCUGGAUCUCGGGCCAAGUGAAGCCGUAG